AGUCAUUAUUCAAUGCUGUGCUAGCUACGGUAUUUCAAACUAUUUUACAAAAAACACCUUUAACAAUUUUUUUUCCACCCCUGACAAAUCCACUCUUCUUUUUGGUUGGCGGUGAUUGUGGCGAGGCGGUGGCGGGUGACUUGUCGCCGGUGAGAACAAUGCAAUGAAUAUUUGCACUCGAAUUUUGACAGCGACGGAAGAGUCUUUUAGUGGCGAUAUACGAGAUUGGAGGUUGAGCAAAGAACGAAUUAUAAAAACCCUACCGGAAGAGAGGAAGGAAAACAAAUAAAAUUGUACGCUCGAUGGAAACUAGUAAGAGUUCGUCAACAUCACGGAAAAGACAACGAGGCGAAGUGGAGGCGAUACCUGAGCCUCAAGGCUCCAAUCAAUCUCUUUCAUUAGAAGAUAAUCUUAUAUUCAGCGACACCAUGGUUGCUCUUCGCAUGAUGCGCGGACAGUUUCCUCAUAUUGAUAAGGUUACAGUUGAGCCUUUUAUCUUACGAUCCCAAUUGUACAGCAGUGUGAAGGAUAGGACACAAGUUGAUAGAGAAUUAGAGUCAUUGAAGAGGGAGAAAGUUUUGCGCAUUUUCAAACUAAAUACUGGACAAGAUGAUCAUGCUGUAAUGUUUAUGGAAGAUUAUUUGAACCAGAUGAAACGGGCUGUGAAAAUCAUGGAAGCUAAAAAGCAAAGUGUUCUUCCAGUUUUUGAGUGGUUUGAAGUGCAUGUCAUCCAUAGCAAGCUUGAACCUUGUAUUGGACAUCAAGAGCUAUGUUCACUUUUAUCAAUAGGAGGAAAGGUGAAAGACGAGGACAUAUCUCUUUUGAUAAAUGCUGGUCUUCUGACUCGUCAGCUUAUCGACCCUGACAUGUACUGGUUUGCAAUUCCAAAUAUCGGCUCACUUCUCAAGGCCCUCACACAGGGAAGAAAAGAGGUGAUGUCUCUACUGAAUCGUAAGAAAUACAAAGAGAUGAUGUUGGGUCUUGUUGAGAAGAAACGUCUGCGUUUCUCACCUUUGGAUAUCAGAUUUCAUCUGCGUGAUCUGCUUGGAUCCGGUCAUCUCAAAACACUCCACACGCCAGGUGGCAUAGUCAUUCGAGUCGUGAAGGAUUGAAAUUUGGUAAACACAAUACGAUACGCCUUCUACUCUACCUAUAUUAAUAUUUAAUAUACACUUUUCCUUUUACGUAAACGUAUUUAAUUCAUCUUUUCUUGUUUUUUAUUUCAAAAUGCUCACGUUCUGGUUGGUGGAUGCUCGUUCGUGAAUCUUAAUUUAAGCUGAUUAUUUGUAAAUAUUGUCGCCUUUUUCUUUAUUCGUGCGAAACCUAUGCUUCAAAUUGUAAACUUAUGAUGAAAUUAAGAAAACUCCAAAUGUUGCAUUUUCAUUGAGAUCGAGG